AUGCAACACAUGGGAACUCUCACAGCUGCAGGGAAAGUUCGGCUUCUCGUCCGAAGGGACGGGGUGUCGGGGCCAACGCAAACGUACAACAUAAAUGAACUUGCAGCGGCUCUAAACGUGUUACAGACGCUUCCAUUUGUCCCCAAGUCACACAAGGAGUUGAUAAUUCCAUCUAUAGCGGAAUUGUAUGAUACGGUGGACGGCAGCACGGACAUGGCUGGUAAAAAAGUGCAGCCCGUUGACUUUGCUUGGGUUGAACUUGAAUGCGACGACGAUGCGGCCAUUGACAAGGUGCUAAAUUUUUUUCCUAUUCAUUCCUCGACGAUAGAGGAUGUGAGGAAUGGAACAACAGGCAGUGAGGGCGCAGAAAUAUUCCCAUCAUGUGGGUAUGUAAGCAUCAAUGCUGAUGCCAGGCACGAUAAUACAACUUCCUUGGGUGAUGAGGAGUAUGCGCCUGUGAGGGUCUGCAUGAUUGCGUUUGAACAAGUCUUGCUCACGAUUCUGCGUAAGCCGCUUGCGGGGGGCGAGGAGUUGCGGGCCCAGAUGGAGUCCGUCUUAGCCUCCCCAACUUCGUAUGCGGAGCCCGUGUCGGUAUCUGUGUGUGCCCUUGUCAGUGUUUUUGUAAAGGAAUACCAGAAGGAACCAUCUUCUUUACUUGUUGAUGUGGACAAUGUAAAUGAGUUGGUGCUUCAGAUUCAACCUUCCCGAUGCGAUCACAUGGAUUUAAUGCAACGUAUUCAGAAUCUGCGUCACAGGCUGUCUCGAGUGCAAGCAUCAUUUUUGGCAAAGGAACGGCUUAUUCAGCAGUUAAUGUUGCCAGUGAUGCGCCACAUUUUUAUUACGGCGGACCCCAGUGCGGCUAGCCGUUAUCAGAGGCUGCUGUCUGGUCUACUGCUUUCCAUUGAGCGCCUUCGAAAGGGUCGUGAUGUUCUCAAUCUGUCAAGUAUGAGCCUUGUAAGUGGUGUGUGUAUGCGGUUGUUUCAGCACUGCUACUACAUGGAUUUCGUGAGCAACGUCAUGACACAAAUGGCUUUGAUAACGAUGCCAAUUGGAGUUAUUCCAGGUCUGUUCACCAUGAACGUCCAAAUCCCAUUCCAAGAAAACGAAACCAUAAGACCAUUUUGCCUGAUUACAUUGGUGACGAUAGUGGCGUUCGCCGUGGGAAUGAUCAAUCCUUUGCACACGUACUUCCGGUUUAAGCCCCCGGGCCCACUUGUGACAUAG